AUGGGGUUCUUAUAUGGGUAUCUACAGGAGGCUAAGAAUGGGAUCUCUAAGAGGUUCAAUAAUGACAGGAAAAAGUUUGAGGAUGUUUUUUAUUUCAUUAACAAAAGGUGGGACAACAAGCUCAAGGCACCUUUACAUAGGGCUGGUUACUACCUGAACCCUUUCUACUAUUAUCGAAACAAGGUGGUUGUAGAGGACAAUGAAACAUUUAGAGAUGGUGUAAUAACUUGCAUUAAAAAGAUUGUUCCAGAUGGAGAAACUCAGGACAAGAUUAUUGAAGAGCUUCAAAAGUACCAGGAUGCUGAAGGAUCUUUUGGCAAAGAAAUUGCUAAAAGGCAGUGCAAAAAUAUUCAUUUUGAUCCAGCUAAGUGGUGGCUGAAUCAUGGUAGUAGUGGACCAAACCUUAGAAAGUUAGCUGCUAGGAUUCUUAGUUUGACAUGCAGUUCAUCAGCUUGUGAGAGAUGUUGGAGUUCAUUUCAACAAGUCCACACAAAGAGACGCAAUAAGCUGCUGCAUGACAGAAUGAGGGAUCUUGUGUUUGUCAAGUUCAACUCAAAACUGAGACAAAAGAAGGACAACAAGGAUAGAGACCCCCUUGAGAAACCUGUUAGUGAUGCUUUAGAAGAUGAAGACAAUGAGUGGAUCACUGACGUUGAGCCAACAGAAAUGGAUUCGGAGCAGGAACAAGAAAUUGGAGAUGGAUCACAGGGAGUUGCAACUGCACCAGCACCAAGGAAGAGAGGUAACCAGACCAAGAAGAGAAAGAGGUUGAUUCCUAUUGCUGAUGAUGAGUUAUCUGCUUCAUCUUCUGAUGGAGAAAAUGACAGUGCUAUGCCAUCUGAUUCACUUUCUGAUUCUGAGGCUGAAUGA